CUGUGCGUGAAUUCCCCCCUCCUCCACUUUGGGACAGGAUGCAGUCACGUCGUGUCCCACUAUGUGCUUCCCAGCUCUGAGCACUGCUGUGCAGGAGGCCCUGGUGCAUGGGCACCUGUGAGGACAUCUGUGCGCCCGCUGGGCUGGGCUGCGCUGAGGGAGGUGCCGGUGGUCGGGCCUGAAGGGCAAGGAGCCGGCCACCCAGCAGCACCCAGAGUGGCCUGAGCUCGCGCUGAGCCUGUCCCUCCUUUUGGAAACCUGUCCUCCUGUUGGAAGGUGAUGGAGACGGGCCUGGGGGUCGCAGACAGGACUGCCUCCCAUUGUGCUGGAGCAGGACUGUGUGCCCAGGUCCUGCGCACAGGACGGGAGCACUGGAGCCCAGGUCCUGCAACCCCAGGGACCACUGUGUCCCCCGGACCCACCUCUGGAGGAAGACAGCCUUCCCGCAAUCCUCUCCAGCUGCAGAAGCUGCACCGUGGCUGGACCACGGUGUCUGUGUUAGAAGUCGGCCCUGGGGUUUGGACUGUGCGCUUCUAAUGUGCUCAGCGCUCCGGGGCCCCUGAGCUCAUCCUAGGAGAGGUGUCUCGUCAGUGAAGGCUGCCUUAGCAGUCAGGCUCGAGGUGUGUUUUGGGGAUAGACUGAUGUGUGCCAUGAGCGCAGUGAGGUGCCAGGUGUCUGCAGGACGUGUCUCUGAUUAGUGCAGUGUGUCCCCAGUGUUUAUAUCUUUGGGUUUUUAACUGGCCCCCUAAUCACACAGGUGCAGUUAAAUAAUGAAGGAAGCCUGGCAAAGAGCAAACGAAGGGACCCAGUGCCUGCAGCUGCCCGCUCUGUGGGUGGCCACCUGUUUGUGGUCCUCCUGUGUUCUGGCUGCUGCUCCAGCUGCCUGGUGCUUGCCGUCCUCCCCUCUGGGUGUCCCCAAGGGAAGCGGUACCUUCUGUGCCCGUGUCACACCACCAACUCCUUGUUAGUAAGCUGGAGCGUGGCCCGCGUCCAGUGAAAACUCAGGGAAGGGCCUCGGUGCGGCACGCGUCCUGGCACAUGGGGCGUGCCCUGGCCUCACUUCCCCACAUAUGGUCUUGGCCACGCUCAGCACACAGUGGCCUCAUUCCUUUUCAAGGUGUCCAGGUUUGUUGGAGGACGAGACCAGCACUUCGGGGAAUGGCUGUGUCCACACAGCUUUGUGGACCUGAGGAAGUGUGUCUGCAGAUGAAACUGGAGCAGUGGAAUUGCUGAGUCAAACAAGCGCACAUUGAACAUGCCGGUGGGCGGAUCAGUUUGCCCUCUUAGACGCUGCCCGUGGGAGCUCCUGCCCACUCAGCCUGCACGAGUCUGCCUCGGCUGUGCCUGCGGGACACAGAGCGGCCCAGGCGUGUGAGGCUGGACAGCAGGCUCUGCUGUGUAAAGUGUGCUCUUCCUUAGAACCCGCGUCCGUUAGCCUGUUUCUCCAUCCGCUGUCCACUUGUGCCCUUUUCCUCGUUUUCUCCUAGGCUUUUCUUACUGGUUUGGAAAAGCUGUUUAUAUAGGAAGGACCUCUUUUGUUAUCUGUACGUUUGCCCCCCUUUGGUAGUGCCUUUUGAGUUAGUUUGCGUUAUUUUUUUUCCCUGCAAGGAUUUUAAAUUUGUACGUAGUCACAUCUGUUUUCUUUGUUUUGUAACUCUUCUGUAUUUUUUGUAGUACUUCUGUGGCUUUAUUUUUUAUUUACGUAUUCCAUGCGUUGGGACCUUAUCUUGAUGUAAAAGGGAGGUGAGCAAGUCCUGCUUUGUUUCUCCCCAGAUGUGUGUUUUAGGUUGCAUUUACCAAGAAGCCGUGCAGAGGCUGUGAGUACCACGUGAUGCCUUGUGAGCCACGUUGCACUUUGUGGCUCAGGUCACAGCGGCCUGCAUCUGCAGCUGUUCCGUAGCCCGCAGUUUCCUCCUGCUGCCUGUGCCCACGUCCUUCCACACAGCUUCUUGACGUCGUUUACAGAAAAGCCGAUUGCAUGUUGGUUUUCCUUACAGUUCCACUAGGACAUAGUCAUGUGGUCUCCCAUUAAUCGUAGCCCCCCGAAACGCAACGCCUGCAGAACCAUUCCCUGUCCUCUGACUGUCCUGCACUGGCGACAGUCAUGGUGACUUGAGGAGGACUGGGAGAGGGGCGAGGCCGCCUGGGAGGGGUGGCUCUGGGGCAGGCAGACGGGGUGGCUUGUUUGGACUCGGUCUUCAUUCUGUUUUUUGAGGCUCCUUCAUGAGAACGGAGAGCAGGGUUACGGACCUCACCGACACGCUGGGCCUGGAUGCACUCCCAUUUUAUGUGUGAGAAGACUGAGGCUCAGCUGGGUCAGGUGGCUGCCCAGGCAGUGUCUGUCUGUAGUCAGAGCUGCGGAGCCCAUCACUUUGCUACACACAGUGGCAUCUCGCCUCUGGCUUUUCCUGACAAAGCAACCUGUGCCUGAGGCUGUCCCAGUCCAUGCCUCUGGGUGCUAGGUACCAUUUUGACCCACGCCUGAGGUUACUGCUGGCGCCCAGAGGCCGUGGAGGCGCCUUAGGCUGGGCCCGAGGGUGGGGGCCGUUGCCAAGGCCUGGAGGCUGACAAGCUGGGUGUCCUGGCCGUGUGUGAGGCGGGUUCCUGCAGGGCGUGUGGACCAGUGCUCACUGCCCGAGGCCUGUGCUGGCAUGACCUCUGCUUAGGGCUCAGCCACCUGUCCCCUGCCUCCGUCUCAUUCCACACUGUGGCUUCUGGAAUCUUCCAGACUCCCUGGGGCACCUGGCGGGGAUGCUGAGGUGAGCGGGGCUCUGGCCACCUGUGCCUAGUUGGGGGCAGUGCCUGCUUGCCCCCUGGGGCCCGGGACUUCCCCAAGCUCAGCCCUGCAGCCCAGACACCUGCGGUCCCCGUACUCCUGGAGGGCUGGAACCUUCCUCACCGUCUGCUGUGUCGCGGCACGGCGUGUUGGGCCCUGUCCCCGUGCUGUGGACAUGGGUGCUGGGCAGCGGUCACCGCACAGGUGUCCUGCCUGUGUGCUCAGGUACAUGGUGUCACGAUUUGGGCCACCGCCACUGCUCAGAGACGUUUUCUUUUGAAAUUAAUUUCUCAGAAUUAUAGACAGUUGCAGGAUAGUGUGGAGAAACCUUCCUGAGCCCUUAAGAGAGCUGCCCACGCAUGUCUUGUCAUCGUGCCUCCCUCUGAGGCCACCCUCCGCCUUCUCCUGGGGGACCUGUGGGUCAGCCCCGUCCUGUCACUGGUCCCCUCUGCUCGGUUUCACACCCCAGACAGAUGUCCCUCACUCCUUACGGGCACCAUUCGUGGUCAGACACUGUGGGGCCAUGGGGACACGUCACUCCCCACCCCCAGGCCUCUGACACCCACACCCGGCUGCCCCUCCCCCUGUGCGUCGUGGCGGAUGCUGUGCCCGGCUGUGGGGGGGGUCUGUCGCUCAGACCAGCUGGAGGAGCAGCCGAUCCCCACCGCCUGCGCUGAGCCCUGGGCCCUGUUCACGCUCUCACUCCCCGCGCUCCCCCGCCAUCCUCCGCAGCGACUGAGGGACGGGAGUGCUGCCCCUUCCUGGGGGUGGGGGCUGGGAGUCGGGGGUGAGGAGGACAGUAGGUCAGCUGCAGGGUGUCUGGAAGUGCGACCAGGAGGCUCAGCACGACGACCUCCGUCUUGGACAAGGGGUGACAUUCCCUGCCGUCACGGGCUCCAGGGUUUACACGAGUUCCUGGCGCACAGGAUCACUACCUGCGUGACAGGACUUGUUUCUCAGAUGCUGUCGCUGUGCUGCGGCACCAGGAGAAGGUGCGAGAACUAAAGACGAGUGAGGCGUGGGCAUCCGUGUAGUGACCUGUGCUGGAGUCACCUUACCUCUGGGGACCGCUAAGGCCAGGAAGUGGGGCCGCCUGGAGGCAGACACGCUGCCAGCCGCCUCCAGCGUCUCUGUCUCCCACCCACGUCUUCCCACCUGUGUGCCCGUGUGCCACAGCCCUGACGUGGGCACACAGCAGUUGGGCUGCGUGGUCUUUGUGCUCCCAGGCCUGGCAGCACCCGCCCCCACCCCGGGCCCGGUCCGCAUGUGCGCUGGCCGCGGGCAGCUUCCCCACUGGCUGCUCCAGCCUGUGCCCGGGAGCCCAGUGCCGCCUGAUGCACCAGCGGGCACUGCCCGAGCCUCCUCAGGCCGCACCACGGCUUCUGCCGACACAGGGUGGCUCUUGGUCCGGCUGGGAGUCAGGUCUGGCAGCGUUGGGCGGUGGCUCAUGCCCAGGGCGCGGCACCCCGCGGCCCCUCGGCCCUCCCACCCCGAGUGUGCCAGGUGGGGACCAGGGUCCUGUGCCUCGCCCCACCUCUGCCUGCCGCAGAGGCCCCCGGCUCUGGGCCCACCUGUCGUACUCUGUUCCAGGCCUGGUCCACAGCAGUUCCCCUCAACUCGGCCCCUCUGAGCCUCGCUUUUCUCAUCUGCGAAGUGGGACUCGUCAUGGGCUCACUGACAGAAAGGUGCCCAGUGCUCGCCCAGGGCCACGCUGGGCUAGUGUCACAGGUGCUGAGACGAAGGCUGUUUUGCCCAAGAAGGAGAAACGGAAGCUGAGACGCGAGAGGUGGUUGCAGAAAAUCGAAGCCAUAAAGCUGGCCGAGCAGAAGCGCCAGGCGGAGCGGAAGCGGCGGGCCACCGUGGUUGUGGGGGACCUGCAGCCCCUGCGGGAUGCCCUCCCCGAGCUGCUGGAGCUGGAGGCUGGCGCCCGGCGGCCGCAUGCCAGAAGGGCGAGCAGCGUGCCCCGGCCGGCCGAGCUGAGCCGCAUGAGCGCCGCACAGAGGCUCCAGCUCCUCGAGGAAGAAAGGACCCGCUUUCGGGAGCUGCUGGCCAGUCCGAUCUACAGAGCCAGUCCCCUGCUGGCCAUUGGGCAGCAGCUGGCCCAGCGGAUGCAGCUGGAUGGUGGCGGCCUGCUCUGAGCUGGCCUGGGCGUGCCGUGAGUGCCAGGAUGCACAUGAGGCGCCAGAGGGCCGGCUGCCUGCCACGUCCCCAAGCCCGGACUCCACUUGUUGGCUGGUGGGUGGCACAGAGCCCCGUGAGGGUAAAUAAACACCGUGUGAGCUCGCAGUGCUGCGCGCUUGCUUGUGCCCCGGCCGUCUGUGGGGCAGGGCGCCUGUCAGGAGCCCCGGGCGGGGGGUUGAGCAGCAG